UCAAGCCUCUCAUCAUCAUCAAUCAUCAUAACCAUUCUCAAUUUAUCAUCAGCAAUACCAAGGCCAAGAACAAUAUGAAGAUAUUGUUCUUUGUGUUUUUCUGUGUGUCUUCCGUCUUCUUUAACUCUUGUUUCGGAGAAUCUGAGCCAGAGCCUCCUACGCUACAACAAAAUAAUAAAGUUUACAUCGUUUAUAUGGGCGCUGCAGCCCCAUCCAACAAUGGCGCCAUGCGAAAGGAUCAAGCUCAGCUCAUCAACUCAUUGCUUAAAAGGAAUAGGAACGCAUUGGUCUACACCUACACAAAUGGCUUCUCUGGAUUUUCAGCCCGGUUGACGGCAGAAGAAGCUGGAUCAAUCGCUCAAAACCCCGGAGUAGUGUCUGUUUUUCUUGAUCCAAUUUUGCAGCUCCAAACAACUCGGUCAUGGGAUUUCCUGGAUUCCAUUUCUUAUGAAAAAAUCUCUCCCACUAGCCUCCACAAAUCAGCUGCAGCCGCCCAACCAUUAUCUUCCGGUGAAGCAGAUACCAUAAUAGGCAUCUUGGACUCAGGAAUAUGGCCUGAAUCUCCUAGUUUCAAUGACGACGGCAUGGGACCAAUCCCGGCCAAAUGGAAGGGAAAAUGCGAGGAUGGAGAUGAUUUCAACUCCUCCAACUGCAACAGGAAAAUAAUCGGGGCACGAUAUUACCCGGAUUCUUUACAAAUCCCGUCGGCCAGGGACAAUGAAGGACAUGGGACCCACGUGGCGUCCACGGCAGCAGGAUCGCUGGUUGAUGACGCGUCAUACCACGAUCAAGCUAGCGGGACGGGCAGGGGUGGGUCCCCUACUUCGCGAAUAGCCAUGUACCGAGUUUGCGAGUAUUUCGGGUGCGCAGGAUCGGCGAUCUUGAAAGCCUUCGACGACGGGAUUAAGGAUGGCGUGGACGUGUUGUCGCUGUCGCUGGGCCCAGGUGGUGGACUCAAACCCGAUUUCUCCACCGAUGUUGUCGCCAUCGGCGCGUUCCAUGCCGUCGAGAGAGGCAUCGUCGUUGUCUGCUCCGCCGGAAACUCUGGACCACGCCGCAGUACUGUCGUCAACGAAGCUCCCUGGAUUUUCACCGUCGCCGCCUCCACCGUGGACCGCGAUUUCCAGUCGCAAAUCGUCUUGGGCGACAACACAGUCAUCAAGGGCGGGGGAAUUUAUAUCGGAAAACUGAAGAAAACGCCGGUGUAUCCAUUGGCGACGGGGGCGUUGGUUAAAUCGGAGAGAGCUACUGAAAGUGACGCCAGGGAUUGUUUACCCCUGUCAUUAGACCCUGAGAAGGCCAAGGGGAAGAUUAUUUUGUGCGAAACCCGCAAUCCGAUUUCAUACUUUGACGAUAGGAUAAAUGAGGUGAAAAAUGCGGGCGGGGUUGCAGUAAUACUCAUAUUCGUCAACCCGGAGGACAGGAUGAUGGCGCUGAAAUUUGGUGGUUUUCCGGGAUCCGCAAUCCUAGAAAAGGAAGCCAAUCAGGUUUUUAGCUACAUCAGCUCAACCAAGAAUCCCGUGGCAACCAUCCUCCCAACCGUGACAGUGACAGGAAUUAAACCGGCACCUGCAGUAGCAGACUUCUCAUCAAGAGGACCAUCGCUUACAAGCGUGAAUCUUCUCAAGCCGGACAUUUGUGCACCAGGGGUUGACAUUCUGGCAGCGUGGCCUGACAACAUUGAUGGGGAUGAGAUUAUCCCUGUCAAGAGUCAUCCAGGUUACAACCUAGAAUCUGGGACUUCCAUGUCCUGUCCACAUAUCUCAGGGAUUGUUGCUACAGUGAAGGCACAAAACCCAAAUUUCAGUGUUUCUGCAAUCAGAUCAGCCGUUAUGACAACAGCCACGCAGACAAACAAUUUGAAUGCGCCAAUAACAACAACAGAUGGAGCAAUUGCCACGCCGUAUGACAUUGGCGCGGGAGAAUUAAACCCCACAGCAGCACUAAAUCCCGGGCUAGUUUACCAAACCGAGAUUGCAGAUUACCUGCAGUUCCUCUGUGCAACAGGCUACAACACAUCUCAAAUUCGGCUCAUCUCGUCAACUGUCCCCAAGGGCUUCAAGUGCCCCAAGAAGUUGACAGAAGACAUGAUCUCCGACAUCAAUUACCCAUCCAUUGCAGUCUCGAAUCUAAAGGACGGUGAGCCUAAGGCAAUUACAAGAACUGUAAGCAAUGUUGGCCCCGAAGAAUCAGUGUACACUGCAACAAUUGAAGCACUGGCAGACAUUGAGGUCACUGUAACACCAAAUAAGUUGGUGUUUACAAAACAAGAAAAGAAGCUAAGCUAUACUGUGACCUUUACAGCUUCAUCAUCCCUUAAGACAGACACAUUUGGGGCAAUUACAUGGACUAGUGGAACACAUAGAGUUAGAAGUCCAAUCAUUGUAAGUGUUGUGUAAGGGAGUAUCAUUUAAGGGACAGAUUGCUAGACAUGUAUGUGAACUGAUCCUUAGAGUCCAAAAGCAAAUGUAUGGAUCAUAAUAUGUCAAAAUACAUGAAUAAUCAAUAAGGAAACAAAAUGGAAUUAACCACGUUU